CCUCUUGUUCUGGGGAUUAAACCAAAGUACAGUUCAUGCGAAUCUGCGUCAGAUUGUUUCCUUCUGUUCCUUGCAAUGAGGAGAUAACGUCCACAAAUCCUCGAGAGCCAUAAAUCGAAUUCCCUUUUCUGUCCUUUCUGUAUUGAUCGAUCGGUCAUGGACCUGGAUAUGGAUUUGCGGACCACGGCGGUCUUGGAGAAGCACUCGAUGCAGAGGGCGAGGGUGCAUGGGCCGGCGGUGGUCGAAGAGCUUAUAUGCCAAAGGAACCAUAUGUUGACUUCCAGAGGGGUGUUUUUGGGGAGUGAUCCUCUCAAGUACUCCAUGCCUCUUCUCUUGAUGCAAAUGGCUCUCAUCAUCCUCACCAGCCGUCUCGUUUUUCGAUUCAUCAGGCCCCUUAAUCAAGGCAUCAUCUCUGCUCAAGUCUUGGCUGGUAUCAUUCUAGGGCCGUCGGUAUUAGGCCAAAGCGCCAUAUACACGGAGAUGUUCCUCCCCGUGGGCGGGAAAAUCACGCUUCAAACGCUCUCGAACGUCGGUUUCAUCAUCCACCUCUUCCUCCUCGGCCUCAGAAUCGAUCCGAGAAUCAUCAGAAAAGCCGGUUCCAAGGCCUUCCUUAUCGGCGCCACCUCCUAUGCCUUCCCCUUCACCGUGGGACACCUCGCCCUUAUGUUCUUGAACAGAACCUACGAUCUCCCCUUGCCCGUGAUGAACGGUCUCACCGUGGCCAUCCCUCUCAGCUCGAUGACGUCAUUUCCCGUCACCACCACCGUCUUAGCCGAGCUCAACUUCCUGAACUCCGAGCUCGGUCGGCUCGCCACCAACUGUGCCAUUGUCUGCGAGUCCUGCAACUGGCUGGCCGCUCUCGUGUAUGACCUUUACAGGCGUCAGCGAGCGCUCACCAGCUUCGGUGCGAUCAUGUGGAUCGUCGCUCUCCUCUUCAUCAUCAUGUUCGUGUGCAGACCCGUCAUCAUUUGGCUCACUGAGAAAAAAGCCCAGAACGUGAACAAAAACGAUGAGAUACCCUUUUUUCCGAUUCUCGUGAUCAUGUUCCUGGUCAGCCUCGGAGCCGAAACGCUUGGCGUUCACGCGGCGUUUGGUGCGUUUUGGCUCGGAGUCUCGCUUCCCGAUGGGCCGCCGUUGGGGACUGGGUUAGCCACGAAGCUGGACGCGUUCGCAACCACUCUGUUGCUUCCUUGUUUCAUAUCGAUAAGUGGGCUCGAGACGAACUUCUUCGUGGUCGGAGACAGUCACGCGAACAUGAUGGAGGUCGUGAUCCUUGUGACUUACGGAUGUAAGUUUCUCGGGACGGCCGGGGCAUCCGUGUACUGCAAAACGCAGGCUCGAGACGCGCUCUGCUUGGCGUUCUUGAUGUGCUGCCAAGGCGUCAUCGAGCUUUACACUUCCAUCAUGUAUAAGGACGCUAAGAUUCUGAACACGCAAUGCUUCAACAUGGUGAUCAUAACGCUUCUUCUAGUGACUGGCGUUUCGCGUUUCCUGGUCGUGCACCUCUACGACCCGUCCAAACGCUACAAAAGCGCGAGCAAAAGGACCAUCCUCAACACCAGACAACGAAACCUUCAGCUCCGUCUUCUUCUCUGCCUCUACGACGUGGAAAACAUCCCUUCUCUAGUGAACCUUCUAGAAGCUUCCUUCCCGACAAGGUUCAGCCCAAUCUCCGUCUGCACCCUCCACCUCAUUGAGCUCAAAGGCCGGGCCCACGCGGUUCUCGUCCCUCACCACCAGAUGAACAAGCUCGACCCCAACACGGCUAAGUCCACUCACAUCGCUAACGCCUUUCUGCGUUUCGAGCAGCAGAACCAAGGCACUGUCAUGGCUCAGCAUUUCACGGCCGUGGCUCCGUUCUCGAGCAUAAACGACGACGUUUGCACUCUCGCCCUCGACAAGAAAGCCACUCUAAUCGUCAUCCCUUUUCACAAACAGUACGCCAUCGACGGGACGGUCGAUUACGUGAACCCAGCCAUUCGGAACAUAAACCUUAACGUGCUGGAAAAGGCACCAUGUUCUGUCGGGAUGUUCAUCGACCGGGGCGAGACCAGCGGAUGCAGAUCCGUCCUGAUGAACCAGACGUGGAAGAACGUGGCCGUCCUCUUCGUUGGCGGCCCUGACGACGCGGAAGCGCUCGCGUUCUGCAUAAGAAUCGCAGAGCACCCAGACUUGAACGUGACGAUGAUACAUUUCAAGCACAAGAGCUCGAUCCACGACGAGAGCAGCAACAAUAACGAUUUCUCCGAGAUCGAGCUGAUCCACGACUUCAGGAGCUUGGCCAUGAACAAAGGCAGUGUGAGUUACAAAGAAGAGAUCGUGAAAGAUGGCGUGGAGACCACGCAAGUGGUCAGCUCGCUGGGGGACAGUUACGACAUGGUGAUGGUGGGUCGAGACCACGACCUCGAGUCACCUGCGAUGUACGGUCUGACAGAUUGGAGCGAGUGUCCGGAGCUUGGAGUGAUCGGAGACAUGUUGGCUUCGCCGGAUUUUCACUUCUCGGUGCUCGUGAUUCAUCAGCAGCCGGGUGGAUCUCUGGCUUACGACAACAGCUACGCGUUGCCCGUCGCGAAUCAGAAACUGGUCGGGGAAUCUCGGGUACAUCCUCGAUUCUCUACCGAGGAAGGAUUUAUGACCGUCGACCUCGGAAAAGACUAGCAACAGGAAUGACUUCGGUUGAUUCAUUUAGUGUAUUUGUGAAGUAAAAUACCAAAGGGAUAGGUAUUUGACUCCAAAUUUUACGCUAGAAGAUUAGUCCAAUAAUAUUACCGUAUAUUAGAUAUCUUAGAUUUUUUUAUAUAUAUGGCAAUUAGAAUUUUCUGAAAUUGUAUUUUUUUUUCUAAAUAAUGAAGAAAAAUAAG